AUGUAUUAUUUUAAAGGCAAGACUCAUUCUCCUCUCCCAAAAUUAACUGAUCGUUCAUAAUCACGUCUUGAUAAGUUGAAGACCUUCUUUUUGCCUGAGAGAAGUGUAUCAACAAGGACAUUUUCAAGAAGGGCUGAGAACCGCAACGAGUAAAAUUAGAUGCUUACUGAGUAUUAAGGGGAUUUAGUUGAAAUAAUAAUUCCUAAAAAAGCAACGAAGCGUAGUUGCAAUCUAAAGAAGGUCAUGCCGUAGGUUUUCUAAAAACCAAGGAUCGUUAUAAAGGAAGAAGAAUCAAUUAAUUUGGAAAGUGAUUCAGCUCCCAAAUCUCCUGACUCUUAAUAAGAAGUGCACCUUGACAUUUCGGCUAUCAAGCAAGCUAUGUUGUCAAUCAAUAAUAAAUUGAAUGCUGAUGAAUCAUUCUUUGGUUUCAUUAAAAAGAAGGAAAAACUUAGAGAUAUAGCAGAGAAUUUCGGAGAUCUAGAAUAGAAUUUCACAAAUCCAGGUCAUUUUUAUUGUAAAAAUGAUAAUUUGUUUCCAAAAAGAAUAGAUGAUGCCUCUCAUUUAAAAGAAGAUAAAUUGAUAAAUUUAACAAAUUUAGGAGUUGGAGAGAAGUAUUACCCUCUCAUUAAGAUUCUGUUGCAAAAGCAAUAGAAUGUCAAAUAACUCAUCUUCUAAGGAAAUAAGAUUAAUGAUAAACUAUUUUUGAGUUUGGUCUAAUGCUUCCCACCCAUCAUGAAGGACUUGAAUCUGAAGGACAAUUAGCUUGGAUCUAAGGGAGUUCAUAUAUUAGCUGAACAUCUGAGUCGAUUUCAAAAUCUCAAGAUUCUUAAUAUUGCCAACAAUUUCAUAGGCGAUCACGGGGCUAAUAACUUUUUUAAGAAUCUGCAUAAGAAUGCCCUUCUUAGUAAAUUAAUCAUCUCAGAGAAUAAUCUCUCUGAUGCCAUAGGACAAUCACUAUACGAUUUACUAAUCAAAUCGUCUGGAUUAGAAGUAUUAGUGAUAAACUGGAAUCAAUUGGGUUCCACAACUGGGAUAUUUAUAGCCAAGGCUUUGUUAGUCAAUCGAGUAUUGAAAGUAUUAGAUUUAAGUUACAAUCGAAUAGGAUCAAAUGAAAAAUCAAAUUGUAUUUCAUUUUGGUGUUAAGCACUAUUAAAUACCUAACUAAGUUUAGUUCAUUUGGAUAUAUCCUACAACUAAUUAUCUGAGAAAUAAAUACGUUAACUUAACGACGCACUAUUAAAAAACAACUCACUCUAUGGAAUCCAUCUAGAAGGUAAUAAAUUUGAAGGAUUUAUCGAUCCAUACGGAUUCAUUUAAUUUUAAUAAAUAAAUGAAGAGUUCAGCUAGAUAAAAUACCAAAUUGAUGGUGUCAAUUACAUACCUGAAUCCACUAGAAUAACUACCUAAAACUGUUGCUGGAUCUGUUAAGGAUGGGUAGAACAUCGAUUCCAAUACACACCAGAUAUUGAAUAACCAGACACUCCAAUCUUUCUUCAUUUAGAUUUCUUGAAUUAUAAACCAAUUCCUAUGACAUCAAGUUCAGAACUUAAAGCCUAACUAAUUGAGUAAUAGAAGGAACAAUUAUUAAAAAAGGAUGUUCAAUAAAAACAAUAGAACAGCCCUUCUACUUUAAAUGUCUCUAAACCAUAAGAGAGAAAAAGUAGCAUUUUAUCAAAAGAAAUACUUGAUGAAUUGUAAAAGUUUUGUUACUCUACAUAUUAAAUGUGUCCUCCUAAACAACGAAUAUUGUAUUUCUUUUCGAAUCCUCUGAUCGAAUAGUAUUUUAUAGAACCCUCUUAGGAUAAUAUUCCAUCUCCCCAAGAUAAUCUAACAUUAUAGGGUAAAGAUCCUAAACAUCAAUUUCAUUAUUUUUCGGAUGGGACUGUUUUGAAAUUUAAAAAGAUUGCUUUUGUAAAUUAGCUAUUCACAAAAUAAGAAUUUAUUAUUGAUGAUAAAAACAAUUACAAGCCACUUAUUAGAUUGUUUCCACGUUCUUCUGAAAAGAAAUAUGUUUUAAGGAGAAUGGGGAAUAAUUUAAAGAGAAAACAACUAAAUUAUCAUUAAUGGAAUAUCGAGGAAUCCUUAUUCAAAUAGUAAUUUUAAUAAGACAAUGAGGAGAUCUUAAAUGAAUGUUUUUAAUUUGAUUGGAAUUGUAGUAAGAUUAAUAGAUUUGUAAAAAAUGAUUAUGAAUAAAUGAAGUUAAAAGAAUAUUUAAGAGAAAAUUAUCAAUUAAUCAAGGAUAUUUAUAAGUUCUAUUCUAGCAAUGGAUAUUUCUAAUCAGAAUGCUUUUCAAUAUCCUUCCAAUCAUAUAUAAAAAUGAUAUAACAAAUUGGAAUAAUAGACAAUGAGUCAGUUAAAUUAUAGGAUGUGGAAAUUGACUUAGCAUCUAUUAAGAAUAAUAUUGAUCCAAAAUAUUUAUAUAAUCCUGAAAAGGCUCUUAUUAGAUUUCAAUUUUUAGAAAUGUUUUUCCGUUUGGCUAAUGAUAAAUAUGUAAGAACCAAUAUUGUUAAGAAUCAUGCUGAUGCUGUUUAUAGAUUAAUUAGAGAAUUUAAGGAGCAUUUCAAAAACUUUGAUACUUGUUAAAAAUGGAGAGAUGAGAGGUAUUGGAAUAAAGAAUGCGAAUGCUUAAUAUAAUUUAAGACUCCUUUCUUAAAGAAGCUGUAUGAUUAUGUUACAGACUUGAAUAAUAGAAAAUGGUAUUUUAAAAUGAAAUGGGUAGCAAUCAAAGAGUUCAAGGAUUUUUGUAAGUAAAUGGGAUUGAUGGAUUACAUUAAUGAAAAAUUGAUAGUCAUUAUUUAUAACUUUUCAAUGAUGUCAUAAGCAGAUGAAUUAACUUAGGAUCGACAUAUUAGAAUGAGUUAAUUAGAAUUCUAUGAAGCAUUAGCAAGAUUAGCAGAAUAUGUAAGUCCAGGACCUGUGGGGGAAAUCACUGAAGCUACUUCAUCCUCAAGAUAUAGUUUGCCAUUACAUGUCAAAUUAGAGACUCUGUUAACACACAUUUAUUUUAAUGUGGUAAAAAGAUCUCCUUAAUUCACUGUAUUUUAUGAUCUUUUCACAAAUAUUUCAAAGUAGGAUUGGUUGCCAAAAAUAAAAGUGAGCAAGAAGACUGAAUAAGAGGAAGAACCUUCAUAUUUGAAUUACUAAGACACUUUGACUGUUUAUAAUGCGGCACUGUAUUGUGCUAUGCACAAGCAGCCGUAUUUAAAUCCCAAUUACUAAAGCUUUUUGAGAAAGGGUUUUUUGCUUGUCGAAUAGUCCCCGAGAAGAAGCACUCUUCUGAGUCCCAAGAGUCCUGUUCAAAUUUUGAGAAUAAUGAAGAAGUCAGGGUUUGGUAUGGAUGAACCCAGAAUUUCACCUCCUCUUUCUCCAAGAGCUCGUUCACCCAGUUUACGUAAGCAGGGCAAAUGA